CAUCACAGUCCUGUCGAUUGUUCUUUUUUCUCCCCUGGAAAGGGCGGACAUUUUCUUGCCCACUUUCUUAUCAGCCAAGCACACCUUCCUUCUCAAAUCCUGCUACCAUCACCAAUGACGAAGCUGGAGCUCCGUGAUCUCGGCACCACCGGCCUCAAGCUCAGUUGCGUCGGCUUCGGAGCCUCUCCUCUCGGCAACGUCUUCGGUCUUGUUUCUGAGGAUGACGCCAUCGCCUCUGUUCGCGAGGCCUUUCGGCUUGGCAUCAACUUUUUCGACACCUCUCCGUAUUAUGGAGGAACAUUGUCUGAGAAAGUCCUUGGGAAGUGCCUUAAAGCAGUAGGAAUGCCAAGAAAUGAGUACAUUGUCUCAACAAAGUGUGGCCGGUAUGCUGAGGGCUUUGAUUUCAGUGCUGAGAGAGUAACUAGGAGCAUUGAUGAGAGUCUAGCAAGGUUGCAGCUUGAUUAUGUUGAUAUACUGCAAUGCCAUGAUAUCGAAUUUGGGUCUCUUGAUCAGGUUGUGAAUGAGACGAUUCCUGCCCUUCAGAAACUCAAGGAAGCAGGGAAGAUCCGAUUCAUUGGUAUCACUGGACUUCCCCUGGAAAUUUUUACUUAUGUGCUUGAUAGAGUGCCACCUGGCUCAGUCGAUGUGAUUCUGUCAUAUUGUCACUAUAGUAUCAAUGAUACAACACUGGAGGAUUUAUUGCCUUACUUGAAGAGCAAGGGAGUUGGUGUGAUCAGUGCUUCUCCACUUGCGAUGGGACUCCUUACAGAGAGGGGCCCUCCAGAAUGGCACCCUGCUUCUCCUGAACUUAAGUCUGGAUGCCAAGCUGCUGCUGCUCAUUGUAAAGAGAAGGGGAAGAAUAUUUCAAAGUUAGCCAUGCAGUUCAGCUUGUCAAAUAAAGAUAUUUCCUCUGUGCUGGUUGGCAUGAACUCUAUUAAACAGGUUGAAGAGAAUGUUGCAGCUGCUACAGAACUUGCAAUUUUUGGGAAGGAUGAGGAAACUCUGUCAGAGGUUGAAGCUAUACUAUACCCUGUGAAGAAUCAGACAUGGUCUAGUGGAAUCCAGCAGAGCUGAAAGGGACUGCUUGCGGAAUUGCUGCUCGACUUUCCUGGUCCAUUCCACUAUUUAUCUGUGUAAUAAGCAUUGUUUGGUUUAUGACAAGGUUUUAAAGUAUGAAAAUAAGGGGUUAGUAUCUAAAAUUCCAAUUGUGACGUCAAACCGCCUACCCAAAGGCAAUAUUUGGAGAGUUGAUUUGAGCCUGUUUCAGAAUGAUUCUGGCAAAAGCAGUAACACUCUUGGCCAGUAGCAUCUUCAUUAUAAAUGUAAGCGCUUUUAUUGAGAAUCAGGAAGUGAUGGUCUGUUGGAUAUAAAUUGUUAUAAGUGCCAGUUCAAAAAUAA